GCACUGCACCCAUGCCAUUCGAGCAAUCUCAAUCAACUCACUUCCGACCACUAUAGUACCCGCUUGUUUUAAAAAAGGACCCGAUUAAGUACAUCAGUUUGUUGUAUUAACGCGACGGAUAAUCAACACGCGAGUGUUAAUUUAUCAUUUGAGAAGUGGAUGGAUACAUAUCGAUAUUAACUAGUUCAUAAGAUGAUUAAUAAAACACCGACAGCGGGAAAAAAUUGUUAGUUUCGCGAAAAUAUUUCUGCGCGUGGUGGUGAGCUGCCGACUUUACUGGACGUUUAUAAAGUGAGAAUAGUGGCGCGACAAUGGAGAAAAAAAUUGCCAAAGAAUUAUCAUCCAAAGAACGAAUUUGGAAUAACGAUGAAGUCUCCUAUGGCGUAUUUGGCCAACACUCUAAAAUUAAAUCAAUUAUCGAUGGCACUAAAAAGAAACCAGAAGAAACACAAGAAGAGGACGAUGUAGUCUCGAAGGCAAUAGGAGAGUUCGGAAGGUGGCAACUGCUCAACACAUUGCUCCUCUCUCUUUUCAACAUACCAUGCACGUGGCACAUUUUCGCGCCAACUUUUCACGUUGGAGAAAAAAGAAACGUUUGGUGUGCGCGGCCAGAAAAUUUUACAGACGUCCCAUUUAGUGAGUGGAUGAAUUGUAGUGGACAAAGUGAACAAGAAUAUUGUACAGUUUUAGACGUUACCGGAAUAAACAACAUUACAGCAUUGUGUAGUGCGAGUUUAAAUGCUUUAAGUAGGGUCAAGUGUAACCGUUGGGAAUUCGAUGGAGAAGGUUCCAACAUAAUCACCGACUUCAACCUAAUCUGUGAUAGGAAAAGUUUACAAAACUUAGCCGAAAUGAUGUUCCUUGCCGGAGUUGCUAUUGGAGGUCUCGUCAGUGGUAUCGUCUCUGAUAAAUAUGGAAGAAAAAGGACAUUGAUGAUAUCUGUUACUUUACAGACUAUAAUCGGUACCGCUAUCGCUUUCACUCCUUGGUUCUUCUUAUACGUCAUUCUAAGGGCGUUUUUGGGAUUUAUCUCCGUAUCUGUGGUCUUUAGUGGUUUCGUGCUAUCCAUUGAACUUGUUGGUGGAGAAUGGAGGACGGUAACUGGCAUCUCAUAUUUAUUUCCAGUAUCUAUGGGCUACGUGACCGUGUCAGGCAUAGGUUGGCUGCUAAGGAAUUGGAGACACUUUCAGUUAGCGAUAUCUCUGCCGGGAUUUUUCUUCAUUAUACUUUGGUGGGUCCUUCCAGAAUCUCCAAGGUGGCUUCUCGUUCUUGGAAAAACAAAACUAGUAAAAAAUAUUUUGGAAAAAGCAUCCAAAUUCAACCGAAGACCUCUUCCACCCAACUUGGACAAACUAUUACAGCCUGAGUCGGGUUGCGAUUCGAUUGAAGACGUUUCUGUGUUUGACUUGUUUAGGGUGCCAUCCUUAAGAAAAAAGACGUUCUGUCAGUUCAUGAUUUGGUUCAGCGUAUAUUUGGUGUAUUAUGGAUUGGUGCUCAACCUUGGAAAUAUUGGAGGAAAUCUGUAUGUUAACUCGGCUCUACAAGGCGUAGUGGAAAUCCCUGCAAUAGCAAUAAGCAUCUAUUUCCUUCUCAAGAAAGGCAGAAGGUGGCCACUUUCCUUAACAAUGAUUACAUCUGGAAUAGCCUGCAUACUAACCUUCCCCAUAUACUUCCUUGACAGUAAUCUCCAGUGGGUGAUAACUUCACUAACGAUGAUUAGCAAGUUUUGUAUCAGUUCGUCGAAUGCAACAAUGCCGGUGUUUGCAGCAGAACUGUAUCCAACUACUAUCAGAAAUAUUGGCGUAGGGGCUGCGAAUGUCUCCGCUGGGAUUGCUUUAAUGUUGGUACCAUAUUUAUGGCUGCUGUCUGACUUCCAUGCAAGUCUGCCGAUGACAGUCUUAGCAGCAUUCGGAAUAAUGGGGGGUCUUUGCGUUCUGCUUCUACCAGAAACUAAAGGCGUUCCAUUACCAACUACGAUCAAACAAGAAAUAGAAAAUCGGAAAAUGUCUCUAGCCGGAUCUAACAAGAAGAUUAACAACAACUGUUCAGCAUAGCGGCUACUGCAUGGUAAAUAGUGUACAAAAAGACAAGAGACUUGCCUCAUGAACAAAUCUAAGUAUGAACCCAAGUGCUUAGACCAAUCAGGCAUUAUGUACUUAAUGUAAAAAAUGUGCAAUUAAAAGUAGUGGUAAAGUUCUGAACAAUGUUAAUAAAAAUACUCUAUAAUUUUUUUUAAACGUUUUUGAUCCCUAGAAGUAAACUUAAAUAUAUUGUUCAUUUCAAAUCAAAUGUGGUAAACGAAUUUUAAAAUAUGUAAAGGCACGCGACUAAUUGUCUAAACUCCUUAGUCAAUUCAUUGUAAUAUUACGAUAUCUAAACAAUUUACAUUUAAAGUAAACAAAAUGGGCAGCAGUUAAGGCCAACAUUGGUUGAAAUGUAGAAUACAGUUGAUAUUAGACAUAAAUCGAUAGAAAUUGUUAACUUGUUGCAUCUCUCCAUUUUAUUUCUGUGUUUCACAGCAUUUAUAUUGUGUAUAUUCAGUUCAAAAUCUGAAUAAUGUCAUAAUCCAAUAGGAGCAAACAAGUGUCCAUAUUUUUUUACGUCACUAUAAUACAUUACAUAUUCUCCAUAUCUUAUUUGCCCUUUACCUUUUUUAUCUUUAAUAUUUAACAUAUAUUCUAUGUGAUUUUUUUUGUUAUUUGAAACUGCUUCAACCACAAGGGUUGUCAGCAAUGGUCGAUUUUACAGUUAGAUUUUGUUGAUUAGUCCUGAGGAAACCAAAAAAAAAGUAUGAUAUUCUUCUGGUCACUAUGUUUAUUUAGAAUGUCUUUUAUUGUUGAAGGGAACUGUUCAUGCUGUCUUUCAAAUGCAUAUAAAGUACUGUUAGAUCACUAUCACACGCGUAACAUAACGAUUUGGGUUGCUUGUGUAGUAGGAAAUCAUGUGUGAUCUUGGUGUGCCCUGAUCGUAGUCUGGAGUUGAUAACUUGAUCUCUUCUUUUCAUAGGUAGCCUCCAUGGUAGUACAGUUUGUUUUAUGGAUCUAAGGUUAGAAUUGGAGACAUUUCAUGUAAGAUACUGUCCAUGGUGGAGGAUUAUCAGAAUUUGUAAGUGUGUAUAAAGAAGGUACAGUGAUGUCUAGGUUAUUUAGAAUUGUGCUGAUACGACGAUAGAAUGGUGGAUCUAAUCUCCUUCUUGACUGAAACGUCGAGAGAAAUCUGUCAGCAAAAGUAUUUCUGAAAACAGGAAUGGUUGGAUUUGCCGCAACCCUUGUAGCAAAUGAAAAACUUAAAUAUUUCUUUCAAAGCAAAAGUGAAGGCUUACCAGAUUAACUGUACAUGCUCUUAAUAGGACUUGUGUAAUGUGCUCCCAAUGCUAUCCUAAUUCAGGAAUUAUGACCUGGAUAGAGAAUUUUUAAUAUUGAAGUUCUUGAGUUGUACGCAACUCCCCAUAAUCAAGUUUUGAAUGAAUUAGGGAUCUGUAUAAAGUCAUUAUUGUUUGAAAGUCCGCACCAUAUUGCUUGUGAGCUAUAUUUUUAACAUAUUUAGUCCAUUUUGUGCAGAUUGUAGAAGAAAGUGCACAUGUUCUUUUCAAGUUGAACUAUCUAAUUUCAUGCCAAGAAAAUAAAUAGAUUUUACAUAUUCAAUAUAACUGUUAUUUAACAUUAAGUUUGUCUAUGUCAUUUUCUUUUAGCUUUUCUAUAAGUUUCUUAUUUAUAUUAUUAAUUGAUUUGAUAAAAUAUGUUUCUUCUUCCUUAAUGUCUUUUCUUAUCAUUGGUCGUCAUUGGGCAAACCGUCUCAAUCCGAGGCAGCAUACUGAUCUCUGAGUACUCCUAUAAGUAGGUUACUGGACUGGCUCAACGGCGGACUGAUACUGGGAUUGCCAACUUUGGCCUUCAGACAUUUAUAUGUAUAUAUCACUUGCUACACAUUUGAUCUUAGGACUAUACCGUCCAUGCCAAAUCGAUACAACCUCAUUUUUAUCAAACAGGUAUUACUACAGGAAGGUGAGUUUGGCUGUAAGGUAGCAGAGGCUUUAUGUGACGUAUUUCUCAUUAAACUCACUAUUCGGUUUCACAAUCAUAAUAACUUUGGCAAAUACCAACUGCAUCUGAUAAUAUGAUACUUAAAAAAAGUUUUCCUAAGCAAAUCUUUGAAAAUUUCUCCAAUCAUUUUUUCCUUAUCUGUAACUUCUUCUUUUUGUUCCUUCUUGUAUGUAGGCAUUAAAGCCGGUUUCUUCUUCAGUAUUAGCCCCCCAAAUUGUUUAAAUUGUUGCACGAUUUUUUUUCUUGGUCUGCCAAUACUUCUUCGUCCAUUUGGUGACUUAUCUCGUGCUAUUAGUACUAUUCUAUCUUUUGCCAUUCUACUGAUGUGUUCGUUCCGCUCCUGUUUCCGUUUUGUGGCCCUUCCAUUUAGAAAAACAUUAUCUCUUCGAUCUAACGUAGUAUAACAGUACAUCCUAACGUUAGACAAUCUUUUUCAAAAUGUUCAGUAAUAACAAUUUUUCUUCAUUAAAUCUCGCAUAUUAUAACAAUUUUCACACUACUGUUUAAGGUUUAGUACAUAUGGUCGCCAUAUGUUAUAAAAAAACCUUCCCUGUUGGAGACUUUGACCAGGCCAAGUAUUUGAUAAGUUUUUUGAGAUUUAUGGACCUCGAUAACCAAAACCUCUAUGUUUCUGUGAAAAAUGCAGAUUCGUAAUGUAUGAAAAGGGUACAUACAAUUUAAAAAAGAAACGGUAAAAUCCAUCAACAAGAACCAUAGUUUAUAGUGCGAAUUUUAAAGUACUCCUCUCUAUUCCAUACUAAAUGAAUUAGAGCUGCACAUUUUGUUUUUGAACAGAGACUACUCUUUCUUUCUGACUUCAAAGGCAAUCUGUUUCAAACUUUAUACAUUAAAACUUCGGUCUUUGAUCUUUUAAAUGCCGCUAAUCAAGUUUCUUAAUUGUUAUAAAUAAACCAUGUACAACUUUUUUUAAUUUGACAAAAAGGCAACUUUUCGAAUAUGAAAAAUAAUUAAUUCUCAGGCAACAUCGAUUAAAGUUAUUCUAAAUGUGUAUAAGCAAAAAAUUGCAUUGUUUUUGCAAUUCCUGUAAGUAAGUUCACUUUUUUCUGACUUUUUUAUUGAAAAAUACAGUUGGUUCAGAUAAAUUGAAUAACUUAAACUAAUUGAUAAAUCACUCUAAAAGUUUAACCACAUUUUUAGCACUAUAAGAACCAACAUUGACGCAAUAUCAAGCAAGUAGGUUAAUUUGUUACAAUGGAUAUUAACAUUGAUUGUAAAUUAAAAAUUCUUAGGAUUUUUACAGUUUUCUAAGCAAUAAAUUACUAAAUCAACAGUCAAAAAUCGCUAUUUUACAGCUUUAAAAGUGUUCUAUCAAAUUACUUUAAAUUUAUUCAAAAUGCUUUACCUUUUUACUGGUAGGCAAAAGUUCUUAAAAUGAUGCAUUUUUUGGCCUUAAAUUGUUACAAACAUAGAAGUUUUGGUUAAUGAGGUUCAUAAAGCUCAAAAAAAAUGUCAGAUGUAAUUGUAGUAACUUAAAAAUUUAAUAAAUAAAUGAUCAAUUAAGUUUUAUUAUUAUUAAUUUAAGAACUUAAAUAAGUUUUGCAAUUUUAUUUGAAAUGAACAGUAUCUAAGAAAAUAUAUUUCUGCUACCAAUUAUGAGAUGUGUUAUAUUAACACUUUAUUCGGUAAUUUAUGGAUUAAAAUAUUAGUUUUAGACUUAUUUUUGUAUAGAAUAAACGUUGUCAUGAUAUCUACGACUCCCAUUAUUGUAGAUAAAUAUAAUAAUACAGGAAUCGCCAAACUUGGUGAAUUAAGGACACGAAUAAUGACGUAGUUCUCAUCUUUUUUGUACAGGAUCGAUUUUAAAUCAAUCUUUAAAUAAAAAUGUAAAUACAAUAUAUUUGGAGUAAAGAAAAAGCACGCUUCUAUAAUAAUUACUAGCGAACACAUCCUUAUUUCGAAUUUCGAAUUAUGAACGCCAGCGCAAACAUAAAUGCUUAGUGUGCGCUCAUAACUAGGCGCCGAGCCUCGCUCGGACCAUGGGAUGGUAUCAUAUUAUCAUCGCCAACGCGCGAUAUCAUUCACCGUCUACACGCAGCGCUAUGAUCUAGGCGAGGAUUUCAUGCGAUGGUCUCCGUUAUAAACGUACCCUUAGACAAGGAAAGAGAGAGGACAGGUAACGUUAAUUUAAUAAACUUUCUAAAAGUGCCCCAAUGAAUUGUAACACCUGAGUGUCAUUCUUAAGGGGUGUACAAGUCUCACAGGCUGGAAUACAUUAAAUUGUUUGCUUGAUUUCAAAAAGUGAAGCCAGUUUAGAUGUGACCGCCAUGUUUUGGUGCCUGUACGUUGCCCAUUACUGAUUACUGAUACUAUACUGAUCUACUAAAAAAUAUGUAAUGAUAAAAUCAUGUUCAAAAAAUGAUCAUGUCAGUGUUCAAUUAUAAAGUUUGAAAAAAAUCUAUUUAUUGAUAUUUAUUCUCCUUAUUCUCAAUCUACUAAAGAAAGAAAAUAUGAUCUGACAACAUUUCUGGUGCCAGUCAAUUCUGGUGCCGGCUUUAGUCAAUUUCAUAUGUUUAAACGUCCCCUCUCUUUCCGUGUCUAAGCAUAAACCCAUGGUGGUAUUCAUUGUACCAUGGCAUAAACCUGUCUCCAGCUAUGACUCGCUUCAUACUCCCUCUACCGAUAUGUUACUGUUACUAUCCUCCACUGCUUUGUGAGCCUGUGAUACAAAAGAUAAUCGCACAGUUUCCAUGUAUUACGCGCGCUUUUUCUUUGCUUGAAUAGAUUAUAGUUUGUCAUAUGAACUUAAAUUGUUGAUUUUUAGUACUGUUUCUUCAUUAAUCAUUUUUUACAUAAUGUUGUUGAUUUAUAUGUAUAAUAUGUAUUGAUUCUUUUCUAUGUAUUAAAUACUUUUGAAAAUUAA